AUGGCUAAUACGAAUAGUGUUCAAGGGCAAAUGAAUAUUUCGGAAGAAUUGAAGUUUACAAAUGAACAAGCCGUGUUGAAUAACGAUGACCUACGAUUUCGAAAUCGUGAACAAUUAAUUGAAAAACUUGAAAGAGUCAUUCAAGAAAAGAAUGCUUCAAUCGUUAAACUUGAAGAACGGGAACAAUACGUAGAAGAUACAUUGAAAAAGCGAAAUGCAGAAUUUGUUACACUCGAAGAAAAAUUAAGAAAAUAUGAAGAAAAGACACAUACAUUUGAACAAUUACAUCAAUUACAAUUACAGACUUUUGAGAAAACAAUACGAGACUGUCAAAUUGAGAAUGAACGUUUAUGUGAAAAUAUACAUGAUCUAACAAGAGAAUUACAGGGGAAAACUUCUUUAGAUGCAAUUAACCAAGAAAAAGUCCUAACAUUCGAUCGUAUUGUUGCUGAUACACAACUUUGGCGAGAAAAACUCGAUUCAUACAAAGCAACUAUUGAACAACGAGAAAAAACUAUUGUUAAUCUUAAAAAAGAUAUUGAUGAAUUACAAAGAAAAAAGCAAUCAAUUACCUAUUUUGAGGAUGAUUCAUUACGACUUCAAAUUACAAGUCUACAAAAUAGUUUACGAGAUCGUGACAAUGAAAUUAAACAAUUAAAAUUAACACUUCGACGUGUUCGAGAUACAUUACAACCUAAUCAUUUAUCUCAUGACAAUCGUUGGAAAAGUUGUAGUGAAGAUAUUGGUCGAAAUCAAUGUGGAUUGAAAUCAUCUGAGAAUAGACGAUCUAUUUCUCCAGAUAUACGUGAUUCAUCUUCACCUAUAGAUAUCGAUUUUUUAAAAACAAAAUUUCAUACACUAACUGAUCGUUUAAAUAAUGUUCAAAAAUUACUUGUUAAUCGUGAUAAUCAAAUCAUUACAUUGAAAAAAGUUCAUGACAAACGUUGGUUACGUCUUAAACAUUUACAAAAGCAAUAUCGACUACUUAAAGAUGAAUUAAAAUCUUAUACGGAUGAAGAAAUCUUACAAGUGAAUUCUAAAAAUGAUUUUUCUUAUCGCAAAGCGAUACGUAAAACAAAAAAUAGCUGUUCUGUAUGUAAUGAUCAACGAUGGAAAAAACCAAUAAAAACCAAUAGAAAAUUAUUUAAACAAGAAGAUGAUGAUCAAGUUUGGAAUGAAGUUACAAAGUUCAGACGUGAACAUGCCAGAUUAACUAAUAAAAAUUUAAGUUUACAAGAAAAAGUCGAUAUACAAGAAGUUGAAAUAAAAGAACAAAUAACAAUAAUUGAUGAACUACGUAAUGAAAUACGAAGAGUCAUUGAUAAAGAAGAACAAAUUCAACCGAAAUAUAUACCAACAUCGAAUAAUGAUCAAACGAAUCUCAUAGAAAAACUUGAUAAAAAACUAUAUGAACUUGAAACAGAACGAACAUGUUUAAUAUUUGAAAAUGAACGUUUAAAGACUAAUUUAAAUUUAUGUAUUGAUGAAAAACAACAUUUAUUUGAACAAAAAAUGCAAGUACAUAAUGAAUUAAAGUCAUUUAAACUUCGAAUACUUGCAUUACAAGAUCAAAUACAUAAAUUAAAACGAACAACUGCUCAACUAAAUAAUAAACCAGAUUUUAUACCAAAGUCAAUAUCAACAGUCAAACGUCGAAUAAUAAAAAAGAAAUCAAAGAAACCGACAACAAAAUCAUGUUUAGAACUGUUGCUUGAUCAAAAUUCGACAUUAAUUGAUGAUCUUAACAAUGAAUCAAUAAUAUCUUAUCGAAGACGAAAUCAUUCAUGUAGUCUUUGUGAUCAUUCAAAUGAAAAUUCAUUUAGACAACAUAAAAGACGAUCAUCAAAGUCAUCAAUAAUACCAAGACAAAGAUAUGGAGCUUUGAAGAGAAUUUCUAUGACUACAAACCGCAUUAAUAUUCCAUUUACGCAUUCGAAUAAGACUCGAAAACCAAAUAUUUCUGUAUCUAUACCAAAAACUCCUUCAAUUCGAAUUUCAAUGCUACGUAAACGCAUCGAAGAAUUAGACACUGACCUUGCCGAUGCUCGACAAGAAAAUGAACAUCUUAAUCAACGUUUAACAACAACAUUAAGUCGAAUUAAUAUUCUGAAAACAUCAAAUCAAAAACUUGCUGUUGAAUGUGACAAAUUCAAAAAUAAUCCUAUGAAUCAAUCAACAUCGAUUAAUCAUGAUUCAACAGGUAUUAUUGAUACUAGUAUCAAUGUUGAUAAUUUAUAUGAACGUCUUAAAAAUACUUCAUUCGAUGCUGCUCAACAACGUAAAUUAAAUAAAAAUUUACAGGCAGAUAAUGAAUUAUUAAAUAAAAACUUACAAUCGCUAACUGAAAAAUUAACUCAUACUGAACGUGAUAUCGCUAGUAAACGAUUAUUAAUUGAAAAUUAUAAAACUCGAUUAAAUGAAAUUGAAACAAACCAUAAUCGUUCAAAUGACAACAAUGCUAAUGAAAAUGAUGAUGAACGAGUUAAAUCUUUAACUGAAACAAUGGAAAAAUUACGAAUAAGUAUCGAUUCAUAUAAAAAUCGUUUACAAGCAAUUACGCGAGAAAAGCAUGAUCUUGAUUCACGAUAUACUCAACUUGUUGAUGAACAUCAAAAACUUAAGAUUCGUUUUGAAGAUAAUCAAUCAAAAUUACGUUCAAGUGAACAACAAAUUCGACAAAUUCGUCUUAGUAAUGAACAAUUAAAUCAAGAGUUAACAACGUCUCGUCAAUUAUAUGAACAACAAUUAGUAACAUUGAAUACAAAAAGUCAAGAUUCAUUGAAAAAAAUUACAACAGAAUUAGAUCGAACAUUUCAACGUUUGAAUGAUUAUGAAAGAUUUAUACAUGAUCUUUUUCAAGAAAUGAUUCGACGAAGUACACAAAUAAAUGAGAAAUUAAAACGUGCACGUGAACACCAAAAACAACGUGAAUCAUUAUCAAUGACAUUACCUGGUUUCGAUUCAGCUAUGCAUACAGCUAGUAAAAUAUUAAAUUUAACUCAAGAUGAUCUCGAUGAAAUAAUGUCAAUUGCAGAUGAAAGUUUUCAAACAAAUGCAAAAGACGAAGGUACUGAUAAAAAUGAAAAAAUUCGACAAAAAGUAUCGAAAUUACUUAUUGCACAAGAACAAUGUGCUAGUAAACUUUUGAAGGUAUUCAGUAAAAAAUUAGAUGAAAUACAAGCAACUGAUCGUGAAUUAGCCAUGAUUCGAAGCUCAUAA